AUGGCGUCUGAUCCUAUCCCUCCACCCUCCAACUUUCAGCCACAAAGCCCGCUGUUCUAUGUCAUACCUGGCGAGAUCCGUAACGAGAUCUUCCAAUUGGCGCUCAUGCAGGACGAAGACAGCGCAGCAGCGUAUCCGGAAGACUCAUAUUGGUACCGUCCAGGUUUCUCAGGUCCGCUCAAGGGCAGCAAUCGUGGACCUGAUGGCCGUACAUGCACUCCAGCGUGCGAAAAGUUCUUCCGCAACCUAACUCCACAAGCCGUGCAGUCACUUCAGAAAGCUCGUCUGUUCACGCAGAUGUUCUGGCUCGAAGAAGGCAAUCAACUAUUCUACAUCCUCAGCAUACCUCAAUUCCGACCAACCCAGCUUACUAUUACCAUACGAUACUCCGACUGGUGGUUCUGGGAAAGCAAUUCGCCACUGAGUAUGGAAGAAAAGUGGCUACGCUACUUCGAAGGAAACCCCGGCUUGCGCGUACUGAGGGUUGAGUACGAGACGCUCAGUUGGAAGAAAGCGGAGAUGAUGCGCAUCAUCGAGCGAAACAAGAAAUGGAAGCUACCUGUACGAAGGGAAGGCGGCAAGUUCCAGAAGAAUGAGCUCGAGGGAUAUCUGAGCGCUGAGAACACUGAACUGAAGGAAUGGACUUGGAAGGGCCCAAGCAAGCUGGGUGGACAAAAUUGGAUUCACCACGGCACCGAAGAUAAGGUCGAAUACGUCGUCGUCACAGAUACCUGGAAGUUUGUGGAAGGCGAACUCACCGAGAAAGAGAUGGAGGGCCGAUUGACCACUAUGAUGCGAGCACCUGAGUUGACGCGAGCCGAGGUGGAAAGACGCCGCAAUAUAGGCGCAUGGCGUGGGAGACUUCGGGAAAGGAAGACUACACGUUAUGCAGCUUAG